GAGUUGCAAGGAAAGCAUCAUUUCUGUAGUCCAAAGUUGUGCAUCCACGCAUAUAAAUUAGCUUGACUUUGGCCAUAGGAGCAUGACAACAAAGCUCACAAAAUCGAUUUCAAUAGAUGUCUGAUCAUGUCUCUGUGUUCGUUGUCAACAGUGAAGCUUUUAAGAUCUCUGUAUUUGAAAGUGUGGGAGUUUUUGGGUAUUGCCAAGAAUUAUAUUGUGACGAAAGUUAGGGGUUAUGUUUUGACGAGGAUAGUUGAGAUGCAGAGGAGGUCUGCGCUUAUUGUAGACCUUCAACUCGAGAAUAUAUACUUCGACUCCAUAGAUCUCCUUUUCAAGAUUUCUGUGUACAACUCAUUUUGGUUUUCUAUGCCUGUCAGUCAAGCCUCCUUCAAAAUGAAAAUCAGUGGCAGUGAACCUAUACUGGGGAAACUGAAGGAGCCUGUGUAUAUGAAGGCAGGAGCAGAGUCUAUAUUGUUUGUGUUAGCGAAGGUGCCAUUUAGUAUGCCUAUAAAAUUGGCAAAUGACAUUUCUGUAGAUGCAAACAUCGACUACCGUGUCGAUCUCCGACUCACAGUUCACCUUCCUAUCAUCGGCAACAUCUCUCUACCACUUCCUUGCCAACAAGGUGAGGCCAAAAUCUCCGAGUUGUUUAGCAAUCUGAUGGAUCAGAUCUUGAAGAGUUGGUGAUGCAUGCGUUGGAGCGGAAAACAAUAAAACACUUCACUAAGAAGCAAAUGAAAGUUGGUGCUUAGUCGGCAUGAACUCCAUCUUUGAUGCAAGGGUUAAGUUUGAUGUUUAUAUAUAUAUUGAUAACCCUUUUGGACUCGGGAAUAUCCGGUUCAUUACUAGAUGAGAUUAAAAAUUACACACUCAGAGUGAUGUUUUUAUAAAUGAUUAACAAAUUCUGAUGGAUCAAAAGUAUCUCUUAUCACUUGUAUUAGACUUGCAUCUAGUUCUUUUAUGCCAUUUCACCAUC